GCACUUUAUUAUCUCGUUAAUUUUCUAUAAUUCAAAAGCACGGACUAAAAUGUCUAAAAUUAGUAGAAUUUAAUUCGCUAUUUAGUCCGUGCUCAAAAUUUAGAGUCCAACUGAAAUUGGGAUAUAUCUUUGCAUAAUUUAGUACAAUUUUAGCAGCAUAGAUUGAGUUUAUUCAACAUUUACAACUUCUUAUUAGCUACUAGGAUUAGAAUUCCAUGAAAAAUUAAAACUGUGACUGAUCAGUUAUCAGAUCACGUGUUGGCUACUUGUCUGUUAUUUGGAUUUUGUUAUCAUUCAGAUUAUGUUUAAACAGCCCUAAAAGUUAAAACUAGUAAAUCUAAGCCUAAUAUGCGUGUAUGAAUGAAAAAUUAGAAAAUGAAGAAUCUAUUGUAUUGAAAUUUGUUCAAGACUUUUUCGUUAGCUACGACAUAAAUCGUCAUAUCCUUCACACAUUUUUUCCCGAAGAUGGUACAUUCAUUGUGCUUGGCAACCGUAUGUCUGGUCAUUCAGCCAUUCAACAAGCUAUGUUAACAAUGGCUACAACAACUCAUCAACUAUUCAGUAUUGACAUUGUAAGUCUUAACAUGCCACUGCCAGAACAAGUAUCUAUGUAUCAAGUACUAUGUGCUGGUAAUGUCGAGUUUGGAGGUGAUACACAAAUACACGGAUUCACAGCUACUCUUUUAGUAUAUUUUUUGAGGCCCAAUGUUUUGAAUGUUGUGUCAUUUAAUGAACGAUGCCAAUGGCCUAAAUUGUCCUAAUAUUUAAAUAAACAAAUUGAUAAAA